UGUCGAUCCAAGACGGUUAAUAUGGGAGGUAUAUUAUUGGUGUUAAUAAAAUUAUUGCCUGGCGCUAGCCUUGAAAGUCACGUCUGCUCUCUUGAAAGAAGCCAAGAGAACACGGAUCGAGGACAAUGCGACGAUGCUAGGUAGAUAGCGAAGGUUAGCAGAUGUCCCAGGCGUCUUGCCUACUAGAGACUAUUUUGCAGCAUACUUCGCAGCGAGCCUGGCGGGCGGUCUGCUGCUUUUCUUUCAGAAAGGAGCAAGCAUAGUUAUAUGUGAGCCUGAACAGGACGCUGUCGCUGCGAAACAAAGCUCGGGUGCCAGGCACAGUGAAACUUUUGUUCAGAGGAAGUAGCUAUCCACCAAAUUCACUUCACUAGCAUUGAGUCUAGCUGGCGUCGCUACUAGAUGGAGGUCCGGCCCCGCCGCACGCUGGCCUCACUGGCGCCGCUCGCCCUAGCAGUGGCGUUGUUGCUUGCCUUUGCCCUCUGGGAGGCAAAUCGCUGGAAUGAGGGCGCUCCGCACACGCAGCACAUCGGCCGCUUGAUAUCCUUGUCGAAAGCAGUGACCGCUUCUGUCAAUAGAAAGCCCGCUUGUGCUUUGGAGGGGGGGGCCGCGAAUGGGGCGGGAAAGAGUGAGUUGAUGUCAGCAGGCGGCAAGGUGGUGUCGACGAAAGAUGGAGCGGAAAUUAACGCGCCACUGGCGCGAUGCUCGUCCGCCACUCUUCUGGGGGGGUGGGACAACAACACAUAUGUCCCCCUGCCGUACGACGCGCUCGCGCCGUUCCUGGAUGAGGCGCGGGGGAUGUUAUCGCAGGCGGAGCGCCGCUUUUUCUUGCCGCGCAGAGAGGGUGUCGAAGUUGCGCCGAAGUACCUUCCUGUGAACAAUCCAGUUGGCCUGUCAGAAGAUGAGCCCGUCUCAUUUCAUCCCCCCUGCUACUACCACUUCUACAACAAAAAGGAGAUUAUGCGGCUGUUUGCGGGCAAGUGGGUGUACUUUCUGGGGGACUCAAACACGCGGGGGAUGUUUAUCGGUUUUCUUGCAACCUUAGAUCCUGAGCACCGAUCGCCAUACGUAGAUGAGAAGUGGUUCAACGGCACAAAGGACGAGGUCAAUUGGCCGCACGUGAACAACAUCCAUUACUUCUUUAGAGAGGAUGGGUCCAUCUUGUUCAAGACUGGCAGAGGAUCCACGGAUCAAUUGCCGACUUUUCCGGAGAGCGGGUAUAGCUUCCGGCUGUCAUACACGAUGAGUCAUGACAUCGAGUAUCUGAUACAGACUGCGAAUGAGACUUUGGGCGACGGCGAGUGGGCGCCAGACGUGCUCCACUUCAGCUCCGGUGCUUGGGACUCGGGCGCCCUAAAACGACCAGAGGAGUGGAAUCUCACACGGGUGGACAGGGGUUAUGGCCGAAUGUUCGACUUAAUUGCGGAAAAGUGCAACCCCAAACGCCAGGUAUGCUUUUGGGGCACCAUCGGCAGUCUGCAACAAGUCGACGAUUCUUGGUGGGACGGCUUAGCCGUCUUGCAGUGGCGACACUGGGCGCGAAUCCACACGCGCCAAGUGGACGCAGGAAAUGCGUCCACGUUGCACAUUCUGGACCGUUACUGGAUGGCGUUCAACCGGCUUGACCAGAAUUUUGGCGGCCAUAUGACGACGGCGUUCAACUCGUGGAUGCCGCAGAUCAUGAUGAACGCUUAUCAUAGCAUCGCAGAGGACCGAGGGUUACUAGCAAACCCGGUUCAGUUGGCACAACCAAGUCGGAGCUACCGUGCGGACGAAGUCGAAUGCGUGUUAUUGCCGGGGGACGAGAAAGGGCGGAAAGUGAAGUGCGAAAAGUAUCCGUUGAGGGUCGACUUUGAGGAGGGGUGCACAAUCGAUCGAGAUACGGAUGUGCAGAAUGCGGGGGACACGCAUAUCAUGUGGGCACGGAGCUGCGAUCCGCAAGUAACUCUGUAGUCCCUUGGUUGGGGAAGAAUCUGUAUUUAAAGUAUCGUCAACAAACCAGCUAGCUUGAACCAAGGCACGCGCAGCUAAAACUUGCAAGUCAAGAUACAAUUCCUGUAUAGGUCUUGCGCGCGCUAAAAUUCUAGAUUGUGCUAGGCUAGUAAACUUAAACUCGGCCUGUAAAUUACAAAUAUCUGUUCACGCGGCCGGGUGUUGCAAGACGCUACGCGUAUCAUGUACUUCAAAGUAUUUGCUCGCAACUUUUGAAGAUGAGUCUCAGGUG